GGCGGGCGCUGCGGAGAAGGGGACCCGGCAGCGCCGAGCCGAGCGGGGCCGAGCUAGAGAUGAACAAUGACCAUAGUUGACAAAGUAUCUGAGUCUUCAAACCCUGCAGCUUGUCAGAAGCAGCCUUGUAGCUCCGUGGUACCCUCUACUGGAGACAUGGACUCAGCCUCUGCAAGUUGGGGUGCUGUAUCAUCUUUGGAAGUUCCAAAGCACAAGAUCACUUUGGGACCAGUACCUGGUGCUGCAGUUUAUUCUAGUUCAUCUGUACCUGAUAAAUCCAAGCCUUCAUCUCAGAAAGAUCAGUCUAUUAGUGAUGGCAUUGCUCCGCCACAGAAGGUUCUUUUUCCAGCAGAGAAGAUUUGUUUGAAAUGGCAGCAAACGCAUAGAGUUGGAGCUGGACUCCAAAAUCUUGGCAAUACAUGUUUCCUCAACUCUGCUCUACAGUGUUUGACUUAUACACCCCCUCUUGCCAACUACAUGCUUUCUCAUGAACACUCCAAAACAUGCCAUGAACAAGGAUUCUGCAUGAUGUGUACAAUGCAAGCUCACAUUACGCAGGCGCUCUCUAACUCUGGCAAUGUUAUCAAACCUAUGGCUGUCAUCAAUGAUCUUAGACGGAUAGCAAAACAUUUCCGGUUUGGAAAUCAGGAAGAUGCACAUGAAUUUCUACGCUACACUGUUGAUGCUAUGCAGAAAGCAUGUUUGAAUGGAAGCAACAAAUUGGACAGACAUACCCAAGCUACCACACUCAUCUAUCAAAUAUUUGGAGGGUACUUAAGAUCAAGAGUAAAGUGUAUGAACUGCAAAGGAGUCUCAGAUACCUUCGAUCCAUACCUUGAUAUUACAUUGGAGAUAAAGACAGCUCAGAGUGUAAACAAAGCUCUGGAACAGUUUGUGAAGCCCGAACAACUGGAUGGUGAAAAUGCCUAUAAAUGUAGCAAGUGUAAGAAGAUGGUUCCUGCUUCAAAGAGGUUUACAAUACAUCGGUCUUCUAAUGUUCUUACAUUGUCUCUGAAACGGUUUGCAAAUUUUAGUGGUGGAAAAAUUACCAAGGAAGUGAAAUAUCCUGAGUAUCUGGAUAUUCGACCAUAUAUGUCUCAACCAAAUGGAGAACCAAUCAUUUAUGUUCUAUAUGCAGUCCUGGUGCAUACUGGUUUCAGCUGUCAUGCAGGACACUACUACUGCUAUAUAAAGGCCAGUAACGGGCAGUGGUACCAGAUGAAUGAUUCUAUUGUGUCCAACAGUGACAUCAGAUCUGUGCUUAAUCAGCAAGCUUAUGUGCUCUUUUAUAUCAGGUCCCAUGAUAUGAAAAAUGGAGGAGAACACCCCCAUUCCAUUCAUACACCAGGACAGUCUUCUCCCCGUCCAGUUAUCAGUCAGCGGGUGGUUAAUAGCAGGCAGGGGGCAUCAGGAUUUAUAGGACCACAGCUUCCUCCUCACAUGAUUAAGAAUUCCAGUCAUUUAAAUGGAACUGGAUCACUAAAAGAAACUCCAAGCAGUUCUGUGGCAAGUGCUAGCAAUGUUACCCUAAACAGACCAGCUUCAGCUCCACCUUCAACUUCCAUUCAAAAUUGGACAAUUAACAGACCCACUAUUCCUGAUCCUUCGAAAAAACAGAAAAUCACUAUCAGUAUUCACAAUAACAAAUUGCCUACUCGCCAAACUCUGUCUCAACCCAACCUUCAUAAUUCUUUGGAGAAUCUCAGCAAGCCUAUUCCUUCGUCCACGAUUACAAAUUCCUCUGCAGUAAAGUCUACCUCAAGUGCACCUACAAUGUCAGUUGCUACUAAAGUAUCUAAACAAACAACUCCUAAUGAAUCUUGUUCUAAGCCAUUAAUGAAUGGCAAGUCUAAACUAAACUCUAGUACGUUGGUCCCUUACGGUGCAGAAUCUUCAGAAGAAUCUGAUGAGGAGUCGAAGGGAUUAGUUAAGGAGAAUGGCCACUCAAAAUCUUUUAAUGGAAUUUUGAUUGGAAAUGUAGUUAGUACAUUACAGAACUCUUGUUCUUCCUGUCAAGAUGCUGAAGAGGUUGUAUCCCUGCAUGAACUGCCAAAAAAUGUUACAGUUAAUGGUGCUAUUAGUAUAGAUAGUGAUCCUGAAGAAAAUGGAUUGAAAUUUGAUGAAUCUACUUGCCAAGUCAAGCCUGUUAAAUCUACAGAAAUUCCAUUUUCUAAAGUGAAUGGAUUGCAUGGAAAAAUAAUACCUACAGCUUUGCCACCAGUUCCUGAAGAUAGAAUUUUAGAGUCUUUCCGAUAUAACCAGUUGAAAAGCUUGUCAGAGGAAAUAAGUGCAACUGGACUUGAAAAAACUUCCGAAAAUGAUGGUCAUAUAGAAACUUUAGUGAGUGGCAACAAUACUGUUUCCUAUGAGAAGUCUAGUAAAGUUCCAGCUAACCUUAGCUGCAAUGUCCAGAAUCCCUUUACUACAUCAGAGGCUGAGACCAUUUCUACCAAAGAAGAAAUUGCCGAAAGUAUUGUAUCAAAAACUGAUAAUGCACAUUCUGAUAUCAGUGGUCAGUGUAACACUAAGAAAAUAUCCCUGGGAAUUGAUGAUGAAUUCUCUAAACAGUGCGAUCCCAAGGAUUAUGCAGAUAAGAUAAGAGGAACACAAGAGGUAAAAAUGACUUUGAAGGAGAGUCCUCUGCACAUCAGAGGGUCUGCUGAGACUGCAGAGAAAUUGGGGCAAAGCCCCUUCAUGAAGUCUGACAAUGAAUGUAGUUCUAAAAAACUUGUAGCUCUAAACAUCAAAGAUGAAUGCCAAGAAACAAAGGAGAGUGCUAAUAAUUACACAGAUGUACCACCUACUAAUGACUCUUCUGCUACAAGGUUGGAUAAAGUUUUAGAGAGUCAUUAUUCUAAAGAAAACGAUGGACUGAAUGGUAAUGAAAUAUGUGAAGAAAAUAAGGAUAGGCAAAAAAUUAAGUCUCAUUCUCCAGUCAAGGAAAAAAAUUGCACCCCCAAAAAAAUUGACAAAGGGCAUUACCGUACUAAAAGAGAGCGCUCUGAAAGUGAAGAGCAGGAGAAGCAAACGAAACGCAAACCAGAUGACGAUUAUUCCAAAAAAAGGCAAUCCUACAGCAAGGAGAGUAUGAAGCAAGAUGGCUAUAAGCAGGAGCACUGCAAUGGAAAUAAGUACAAACUUACGCAUAGUGAAAGAAACAGCCCUGAUAAUGGCAGAAGUUUAGGAAAAUACACCUAUUACAGAUCCCGAAGUAGAGGGAAAACUGAUCAGGAGAGGAGUAGAUAUUACCAUUCUAAAAGGGAAAGAUCUUGGAGUAGGGAAAGAUAUUACCAAGAUAUACCAAGGAGAUGGGACAAGUGCAGAUAUUACAAUGAUUAUCAUCCUUCUUAUGCAGCAAGAGAUGGUAGAGAGAGAAAAUUCUUUCAUGGGGACAGAGACUACGACAAAUCAAGUCAGGUUUACAACAGUAGGUCAUAUAGGGAUUAUUAUUACACAAGCAGAUGGAAUCAUGAACCAGUAGCUAAAGAGAGAGAGAAACAUCAUUUUGGCAGCUCCAAAAUAGAUUUAUAUAAUUGCUCAGCUCCCUCUCAGCACUCUGAAAAAUAUUCCCAUGAAAAAUGUGCAUCCAUGUCUGAAGAAAACAAUUCAAGUUUUGAGAUGUCUUGCCACAAAUAUGAAUAUCUAAAAGACAGAAAAAGAAAAUGUGCUAGUCUAGAAGGUAGUGACAGUGAUAUGGAAAAGAAACACAGGAGUUUGCAGAGUGAGCCAACGGAAGAGCAAAAAGUGAAAAAACACAAGAAGUCAAAGAAAAAAAAGAAGUCCAAAGAUAAACACCGAGAGAAAGAUGAGAGACAUCGCCAGGAUUCAGACUUCUCUGGGGCCUGCUCUGAUUCUGACAUCCACAAACAUAAGAAAAAGAAGAAGAAAAAGAAGAAACAUACAAAGAAAUCUGAGGGCUUUAUUGAAUAUUUAGAUCCUAAUAUCCAGAAGGCUGCUGGCUCUGAGACUAAUAAGACAUGGGAGAAAAAAGAAUUUCAUUGUACGGAUGACCCUCCAUCUGAAGAAUAUAGUAAACAUGGGAGUAAAUGGCCUCAUGAGGGAGGGGAUGCUGAUUCCUGUCAUAAAACAAAAUACAUAGGAGGAGGCCAGGAAAAUAGCUAUCACAUAUCUAAAGAGUAUAGCAAAGCUAUAGACCUACUUUGUCAUAAGGACCAUGGACACACAGUCAUUAAAUCUUUGGAUGGCAACUUUGCAUACACAGAUGAAACCAGAUGGAAAGUGAGUGAAAAGUAAUCCUUGCAGAAAAAACUCACUAGCCACAGAUUCAAAGUGUGUUGAUGGAAGCCAUCCCUACAGUUUAAACUAUAUUUAUAACAGAACAAUUAACUCUUCAAUCCAUAACUGGUGCUUCAGAAUACUGUACAGGAUUUUACCAUGGAAGAACUUUUUUUAGUUUUUACCUUGAGACUUUUUUUUAAAAUUUACCCAUAAUCCAAAAGGAUGGAAACUUUCUACAACUGCUGAACAUUGUAAAUAUCACACUGAAAAUAAUGCCCUGGAAUAGAACAUCUCAAAUGCUGCUUAAUUACAGACUCAGGUUGAUUAUGUGUUAUUCAUGUAAUAUUACUCCACGUUAAACUUCUGGUGCAAGCGACUAGAAAACCACAACUGACAGUCUGUAUAUUUAAUUUAAAGACUUAUUCACAAGCUUUCAGAUAACUAGACUAUCUCUGAUAUCUGACACUAGAAACUAAUUUACUUCACACUUUAGCUGUAUUCAAGCUUUGAAGAAAAACUUACAGAAAAGUUCUGGUUUGGAACUUUGUGAAACAUACCACUCAGCAUACACAGUUCUGAAUGUAUCUCCGAGACUAUUUGUAUUCCCUCCCAUAUGUUUUUGUUACUUUUUUAUAUAGUGUCACUUGUCUUGACUGAUUGGUCUCAGUUGUCUGUUUUGUCCCUUUAAAGUUACAGACAAAUUCAUACUGUGAUUUUAUUUUUAUUAUGAAAUGCUAUCAAACUGUGAUACUUAUAAUUCACUGGUCCUGCAUCAGGAGAUGGAGUGGGGAAGCUGUAUUAAAUACAGUUCAUCUGUAUAAUCUGUCUGGUUUAUACAAGCUGUGUUGUUCAGAGAUGUCUAAAGUUUGAUCUUUGUUUUUUUAAAGAUAAAGCACUUGCCCCACUGUAAAUACAUAGCAUGUAAAAUUUAUAUAGUAUAUAAAUACAGGAAAGUCAAAAGAGCUUUUUACACUGUUUACUUCUUGAGUUAUU